AUUGGCCCAUGGGCUUGGGGGCGUGGCACCAGCGGCUGAGGCGUCGGCGGCGCGCGGGCAGUUGGUUUAGACCCGCCCCCCAGCCCCGCGACCACCUGGCUGUCUCCGGGCCCUCGGAGACUUGGGGCCGGCGGGAGGCAUGGCUGGGAUCCCAGCGCCGGGCCACAGAAGGAGAAGCGGGUCCCCGGCGCCUCGCCCUGGCCCGCCGCCUGGCGCCGGGCACCCCCCAAGCAAGCGGGCCCGAGGCUUCCCCAUUGCCGCUCCGGACCCCGAAGACCCAUUCGGCGCGCAAGGGGACUUCACCGCCGACGACCUGGAGGAGCUCGACAGCCUCGCGUCACAGGCCCUGAGCCAAUACCCGGCCACGGUUCGGGACGCGUCCAGUGUUCAUAAGGUCCCCAGAAUAGAUGGGAUGUCAAAAAAUAAAAAUCCUGCAGGAAAAAGCAGAGAAAGUACGCCAGUUAAAGAUAAUUUUGAAUUAGAGGUACUUCAGGCGCAAUACAAAGAACUUAAAGAAAAGCUGAAGGCAAUGGAAGAAGACGUCCUCGUUAAAAAUGGAGAAAUUAAAAUCUUGCGGGAUUCAUUGCAUCAUACAGAAUCCAUUCUAGAGGAACAGAAGAGAUCACAUUUCCUUCUUGAGCAAGAGAGAGCUCAAGCACUGAGUGACAAAGAAAAGGAAUUCUCCAAAAAGCUCCAAUCGUUACAGUCUGAACUCCAGUUUAAAGAUGCAGAGAUGAAUGAAUUAAGGACAAGGCUUCAAAGCAGUGAACGAACAAAUAAACUGGCUGCUCCCAGCAUUUCCCACCUCAGUCCUAGGAAAAGUCCUUCCAUGGUUAUAAAGCCAGAAGCAUGUUCACCACAAUUUGGAAAAACAUCUUUCCCUACAAAGGAGUCUUUUAGCGCUAACAUGUCCCUUCCCCAUCCCUGCGAGACAGAGCCAGGAUACAAGUCUCUGGUGGGCCGAGAGGAAAAUAAGAGCCAUAGUCUGGGAGGUGAAUCCAUAAAACAAGAAGAGGCCCAGAAGAUUCUUGUUGACAGUUGGAUGCAGAGAUCACAUACUCAAGGUUCCAUUUUGAUAAACCUGCUUUUGAAGCAGCCUUUGAUCCCAGGGACAUCCCUAGGUCUGUGCCACCUCCUAAGCAGUUGUUCUGAGGCUCUUCCUGGCACCCUUUUACAGCCACCAGGCUUCGGCAGUACCUUGGCUGGGAUUUCAGGCCUCAGGACCACAGGUUUUCGUGAAGGGUCGUUUUCCUUGUCAGCCCUGAGAGAAGCACAGAACCUGGCAUUCACUGGACUGAAUCUGGUUGCCAGGAGUGAAGGUUCAUGUGACCAAGACCCAGCAGAGGGAGACAGAAGGACCUUUCCACUCUGCCAGCUUCCUGGAGCUGUGCAUCUCCUCCCCCUUGUACAGUUCUUCAUCGGCUUACACUGCCAGGCUCUGCAGGAUUUGGCAGCAGCCAAGAGAAGUGGAGCACCUGGGGACUCACCAACACAUUCCUCCUGUGUGAGCUCGGGGGUAGAGGCCAGCCUCGAGGACUCACUUUGCAACCUGGAAAGUUUCUCUGUGGCUUCACUUAGCGUUCUUCAGCACCUGGUGUGCCACAGCGGAGCAGUCGUCCACCUAUUACUGUCAGGAGUGGGGGCGGACACUGCUUCUGGGGAAGGAAACCAGAGCCUACUUCACAGACAUGGUCAUGGUGUGACCUCAGCCCCUAAGGGGAUUGCUGAUGACCAGGCCCAGCAUCCGCUACUCAAGAUGCUUCCUCACUUGUUGGCUUUCUCUUCUGCAGCAACAGGUCACGUUCGAGCCAGCAUCCUGAGCCAGAGCCUUAAGGUUUUGGUGAAAUUAGCAGAAAAUGCUUCCUUUGAUUUGUUGCCCAGGUUCCAGUGUGUGUUCCGGGUGCUGCCACAGUGCCUCAGCCCAGAAACGCCCAUACCCAGCGUGCUGCUGACUGUUGAGCUCCUCUCCCUCCUGGUGGACCACGAGAAGCUCGCUCCUCAGCUCUGUUCCCACUCGGAGGGCUGCCUCCUCCUGCUGCUGUACAUGUACAUCACGUCAAGGCCUGACAAAAUGGCCUCGGACAGACAGUGGCUCCAGCUGGAACAAGAGGCGGUGUGGCUCCUGGCAAAGCUUGGUGUGCAGAGCCCCUCCCCAGUCACUGGCUCCGACUGCCACUGCAACGUGGAGGUGGUGAGAGCCCUCACGGUGAUGCUGCACAGGCAGUGGCUGACAGUGCGGAGGGCAGAGGGGCCCCCAAGGACUGACCGGCACAAGCGGACAGUGCGGUGUCUGCGGGACACGGUGCUCCUGCUGCACAGCCUGUCCCAGAAGGACAAACUCUUCACUGUGCACUGCGUGGAGGUCCUGCACCAGUAUGACCAGGUGAUGCCAGGGGUCAGCACGCUGAUCCGAGGGCUCCCUGACGUGACAGACUGUGAAGAGGCGGCCCUGGAUGACCUCUGUGCUGCCGAGACUGAUGUGGACGACCCAGAGAUGGACUGUGCUUGAGGCCCUUGAGCAUCGUCAGCAGCACCACCAUCUUCCUCACUUCAUUAACUGAUUAAAAGCAGCGACCGGCCGUUCCUGCCGAGAACACGCCAGCUUUGGUGUUGUGUUUCCUGAGUCUUAUCUGUGUUGGCUGAGUGGGAGGGAUGGCACCGCACCCCAUCAGGGACCCAGGGAAGGAAGGCUGGGAUCUUUCCUCCUGUCCUUGGCUAGAGCCAAGAGAUCCUGUCCCCCUGGUAACUCAUCUGCCUUAAGGAGCCCUGCCCUGCUUGCAUAAUUUCCCCGAGUCAUUGUUUUGGACCGGGGCCAUGGGAAGAAACCAUUGUGUGGAGAAGGAUGGGCCGUCACCCU